AUGGUGUACUCCGAAACCAAUUCUACCGCCGGUCUUCCACCAGGAAAUUCUUUAGCAGAGAUGUCACUUCCAGAUUUAUCGUCAUAUUUGCCUCCUAUUGUUAUGUUGGGUGCCCUUGCCGCAUACCUGGGAUGGAAGCCACCAAAACCUAGGACCAUACUAAAGAAUUGGCUCAUGUCCAGAAUCGAGGUUCGAUGGACUGACAACAUUUUUGAGGCUCUCGAAGAUUUCCUUGCUCAAGAGUGGGUUUGUAAGAUGUCCACUCACCGACUUGCAACAACAGGAUCACGACUUCCCUGGAACAAGAAUGAACCCAACAGUCACGAGGAACAUGUCAUGGGAACAACACCUCCAAGGACCUGCAGCUUGCCAAGUCUCACCUUAACGCCUGCGAAUGGAAACCAUUGGUUUAUAUAUGAAGGCCGAUUAAUUUUGUUGGAAAGAGAGGAGAGAGAAGACGCAUGGGAAAGAUCACAAAGUCUACACUUGAUGUGCUUUGGAUGGGAUGGCUCCAUCCUUCGAAAGAUACUGCACGCUGCACGGCUGAGACAUGCUGAGCUCGACGAGAACAAGACAGCCGUUUAUCGUGCACAAUCCAACAAUAAGUCGAUUGCCUGGACCCGCGCGUCAGGCCAGGGUAUACGAGAGCUCUCAACAGUUAUCAUGGACCCUGACCUGCAAAAGAAAUUCAUCGAAGAUAUUGAUGGUUAUUUGCAACCAGAAACAAGAAGAUGGCACACUGAACGCGGAAUCCCAUACCGUCGAGGAUAUUUAUUUGAAGGUCCCCCAGGCACGGGUAAGACCAGCCUGUGUAUUGCUGUUGCAGGUCUCUUCAAACUGAAGAUUUACAUCCUCAAUCUCAACAACAUAGCAGAGGAUGACCUGAAUAACCUAAUAUCGAGCUUACCCCAACAAUGUAUUUUGCUUCUCGAAGAUGUCGAUAGUCAGAAAAUUACAAAUUCUCGGACCACCGAACCAGAUAACAGCUUUACGACGUUUCAACGACUCUCGCUGUCUGGUCUUCUAAAUGCUAUUGAUGGUGUGAUAGCCAGUGAAGGACGCAUCCUUAUCAUGACCACCAACCAUAAAGACAAACUCGAUCCGGCCUUGAUACGGCCAGGCCGGGUAGAUAUGACAAUUAGUUUUGAGUAUCCUGAUUUUGAUAGUAUCAAGCGUCUCUUUCUCUUGAUGUAUGCCGAAUAUCCGGUGGAGGAGAAGAAGGAGCAGCAGCAACCUGCUUCAUCUCAAUGUCAAUUUUGUCCAAGGUUGCAACCGUCUCCUCCUGCAAAUAUUCCCGGAAACAACAUCUCUCAAGAUGAGCUUCAAGCUCUCGCAAACACUUUCGCGGCAUCUUUUCCAGAAAAGGAGUAUAGUCAGGCUCGCAUAUUAGGUUACUUGAAGAAGCAUUCCGGGAAGCCCAAGCGCGCCGUCAAUUUGAUCGCUGAAUUGUUUGGGGAGGAGGAAUAG